AGGGGCGUGCGCUCGGUGGCUCAUAGGGGAAGAUGGCGGCUGCUCUUUUGGAGGAGUGGGAUUGAGAGGGGAGGGAGGAGGCCAGACAGGAGAGAUACUCCUGACUGUGAAGACGAACAUUUCGCUCGCUAGUCAUUAGGAGCUCUGCUCAGCGCCACAGGUGUCCUAGAAGGAAAACAUCACCAUGGCUACAGAAAUUGGUUCUCCUCCUCGUUUUUUCCAUAUGCCAAGGUUCCAACACCAGGCACCUCGACAGCUAUUUUAUAAGCGACCUGAUUUUGCACAGCAGCAAGCAAUGCAACAGCUUACCUUUGAUGGAAAACGAAUGAGAAAAGCAGUAAACCGAAAAACCAUAGACUAUAAUCCAUCUGUAAUUAAGUAUUUGGAGAAUAGAAUAUGGCAAAGAGACCAGAGAGAUAUGCGGGCAAUUCAGCCUGAUGCAGGUUAUUAUAAUGAUCUGGUUCCACCUAUUGGGAUGUUGAAUAAUCCUAUGAAUGCAGUAACAACAAAGUUUGUUCGAACAUCAACAAAUAAAGUAAAGUGUCCAGUAUUUGUUGUUAGGUGGACUCCAGAAGGAAGACGGUUAGUCACUGGAGCCUCUAGUGGAGAGUUCACCUUGUGGAAUGGACUCACUUUCAAUUUUGAAACAAUAUUACAGGCUCACGAUAGCCCAGUAAGAGCCAUGACUUGGUCACAUAAUGACAUGUGGAUGUUGACAGCGGACCACGGAGGAUAUGUGAAAUAUUGGCAGUCGAACAUGAACAACGUCAAGAUGUUCCAGGCACAUAAGGAGGCGAUUAGAGAGGCCAGUUUCUCACCCACGGAUAAUAAAUUUGCUACAUGCUCUGAUGACGGCACUGUUAGAAUCUGGGACUUUCUUCGUUGCCAUGAGGAAAGAAUUCUCCGAGGGCACGGUGCUGAUGUGAAGUGUGUAGACUGGCAUCCAACAAAAGGGUUAGUUGUUUCAGGAAGUAAAGAUAGUCAACAGCCAAUCAAGUUCUGGGAUCCCAAGACUGGGCAGAGUCUUGCAACACUUCAUGCCCAUAAAAACACAGUAAUGGAAGUGAAAUUAAAUCUCAAUGGUAACUGGCUACUCACAGCAUCACGUGACCACCUCUGUAAACUUUUCGACAUCCGAAACCUGAAAGAAGAGCUUCAAGUCUUCCGAGGUCAUAAGAAAGAAGCUACAGCUGUGGCCUGGCACCCUGUUCAUGAAGGACUUUUUGCCAGUGGAGGGUCUGAUGGCUCUUUGUUAUUCUGGCAUGUUGGGGUAGAGAAAGAAGUGGGUGGGAUGGAGAUGGCCCAUGAAGGAAUGAUUUGGAGUCUGGCUUGGCAUCCUCUUGGACAUAUUCUCUGCUCAGGUUCAAAUGACCAUACUAGCAAAUUUUGGACCCGAAACCGACCAGGUGAUAAAAUGCGAGAUCGAUACAAUCUAAACCUGUUGCCUGGAAUGUCUGAAGAUGGAGUGGAAUACGAUGACCUUGAACCUAAUAGCCUGGCAGUAAUUCCAGGGAUGGGAAUACCAGAACAACUAAAAUUAGCUAUGGAACAAGAACAGAUGGGGAAAGAUGAAUCAAACGAAAUUGAAAUGACAAUUCCAGGUUUAGAUUGGGGAAUGGAGGAGGUGAUGCAAAAGGAUCAGAAAAAAGUACCUCAGAAGAAAGUUCCUUAUGCAAAACCUAUUCCUGCUCAGUUUCAGCAGGCUUGGAUGCAAAAUAAAGUCCCAAUUCCUGCCCCAAACGAGGUACUGAAUGACAGAAAAGAAGACAUUAAAUUGGAAGAGAAGAAAAAAACACAAGCAGAAAUCGAACAAGAGAUGGCCACAUUGCAGUAUACUAACCCACAGCUUCUGGAGCAACUUAAAAUUGAAAGACUUGCACAGAAACAGGCUGAGCAAAUUCAGCCUCCUCCUUCAUCCGGCACCCCUCUCCUGGGACCCCAGCCCUUUCCAGGACAAGGUCCAAUGUCUCAGAUUCCUCAAGGUUUUCAACAGCCUCAUCCAUCUCAGCAGAUGCCAAUGAACAUGGCUCAAAUGGGGCCUCCAGGUCCACAGGGACAGUUUAGGCCCCCUGGACCCCAGGGACAAAUGGGACCACAGGGUCCUCCACUGCAUCAGGGAGGUGGGGGGCCACAAGGAUUCAUGGGACCACAAGGGCCCCAGGGCCCACCCCAGGGGUUGCCGAGGCCUCAGGACAUGCAUGGGCCCCAAGGAAUGCAAAGGCAUCCUGGACCUCAUGGCCCUUUGGGACCUCAAGGACCACCUGGACCACAGGGCACUUCUGGUCCUCAAGGUCAUAUGGGUCCUCAGGGCCCACCUGGCCCACAAGGUCACAUAGGCCCCCAAGGCCCACCUGGUCCCCAGGGUCACUUGGGCCCUCAGGGACCUGGUACUCAAGGUAUGCAGGGACCACCUGGUCCCAGAGGAAUGCAAGGACCUCCUCAUCCUCAUGGGAUGCAAGGUGGGCCAGGGUCUCAAGGGAUCCAAGGUCCUGUGUCUCAGGGACCUCUGAUGGGAUUGAAUCCAAGAGGAAUGCAGGGUCCUCCAGGCCCCCGAGAGAACCAGGGUCCUGCUCCCCAAGGGAUGAUGCUGGGCCACCCGCCUCAAGAGAUGAGAGGACCUCAUCCUCCAAGUGGACUGCUGGGACAUGGCCCUCAGGAGAUGCGAGGUCCUCAGGAGAUGCGAGGCAUGCAGGGGCCUCCACCCCAAGGAUCAAUGAUGGGCCCUCCCCAGGAAUUGCGAGGGCCUCCAGGCUCACAAGGUCAGCAGGGGCCGCCCCAGGGCUCUUUGGGACCUCCACCCCAGGGUGGCAUGCAAGGGCCCCCUGGACCUCAGGGACAGCAGAACCCGGCAAGAGGGCCACAUCCAUCUCAAGGGCCAAUACCAUUCCAGCAGCAGAAAACAGCUCUGCUAGGUGAUGGGCCCCGGGCCCCCUUCAACCAGGAAGGACAGAACGCAGGCCCCCCACCCUUGAUACCAGGCCUAGGGCAGCAGGGAGCACAAGGUCGCAUCCCCCCACUUAACCCUGGACAAGGACCUGGCCCUAACAAAGGGACCAAAGGGAGAAGGGAGAGCCGAGAAAGUGGCCCUGCCGGCCCCCACUGGAUUAACCAGCGCCACCGCCCAUCACCGGGGGCCACAUCCCUUCUGAUUUGUAGUGGUGACUCACGUGGCCCUCCGAACCAUCACAUGGGCCCAAUGUCAGAGAGACGGCACGAGCAGAGCAGCGGUCCCGAGCACGGUCCCGAGAGGGGUCCUUUCCGGGGCGGCCAGGACUGCAGGGGUCCCCCUGAUAGGCGCGGCCCUCACCCCGACUUCCCCGAUGACUUCAGCAGACCAGAUGACUUCCACCCCGACAAGCGCUUUGGCCACCGGUUACGUGAAUUUGAGGGGCGAGGAGGACCUUUACCGCAAGAAGAGAAGUGGAGGCGUGGGGGCCCUGGGCCUCCGUUUCCUCCUGAUCACAGGGAGUUCAGUGAGGGGGAUGGCCGGGGCGCGGCCCGGGGCCCUCCAGGGGCGUGGGAAGGCCGCAGACCUGGAGAUGAGCGCUUCCCCCGGGAUCCUGAGGACCCACGGUUUCGAGGGCGCAGAGAAGAAAGCUUCAGACGAGGAGCCCCCCCGAGACAUGAGGGCCGUGCUCCCCCCAGAGGAAGGGAUGGUUUUCCUGGUCCCGAAGACUUUGGACCAGAGGAGAAUUUUGAUGCUUCUGAUGAAACAGCCCGAGGAAGAGAUCUCAGAGGUCGAGGUCGGGGUACCCCACGAGGAGGAAGGAAGGGUUUACUUCCCACUCCUGAUGAGUUCCCUCGCUUUGAAGGAGGUCGGAAACCAGACUCCUGGGAUGGAAAUAGAGAGCCAGGGCCAGGUCAUGAACAUUUCCGUGAUGCUCCCCGCCCUGACCAUCCCCCUCACGACGGUCAUUCCCCAGCUAGCAGAGAACGGUCCUCUUCUCUCCAAGGCAUGGACAUGGCAUCCCUACCACCCCGAAAGCGCCCCUGGCAUGAUGGGCCAGGAACCUCUGAGCAUAGAGAAAUGGAAGCCCCAGGGGGUCCUUCUGAGGAUCGAGGAGGCAAAGGCCGAGGGGGCCCCGGACCUUCUCAGAGAGUGCCAAAGUCUGGACGUUCCAGCUCCUUGGAUGGAGAUCACCAUGAUGGAUACCACAGAGAUGAACCUUUUGGGGGCCCUCCAGGCAGUGGUACCCCUUCUAGAGGGGGCCGGAGUGGCAGUAACUGGGGUAGAGGGAGUAACAUGAACUCUGGUCCGCCAAGGCGAGGAGCUUCAAGGGGGGGUGGAAGGGGUCGGUAGAAGUUGGGGCUCAGUACCCCGCGGCCUCUCUGGACAGUAUUUAAGAACUUCUGUGGACUUUCCAAGAGAAACAAAAGGAAACCUGCACCGUGUAGCCCUGAACUCUUUCUGGGGCAGCUGAAUCCCAGGAGCCCCUGAUGUCUUCAAGGUGAAGAGACUGCUGCCAGAGUAGCUGGCUACCCAGAGUAGCUGGCUACCCAGAGUAGCUGGCCUUGUUUUGUCCUGUCCACCCACACUGCCCUAAAUCCCAUGUGGGCUUGUGAAGAUAAGAGCUGGAAUUUUUUUUUUCUUUUUUUUUUUAAA